CAGCAAACUGGCUUGAAAUCUGGAAAGCAUUCCACGAGUGAAGCAUAGAUAUCAGAUCCCUCUGGCGGACAGCAGAGAAACUGCACAGGUAUAUGGCAUCGUCCUUUAGAUUUUUCGGCUAAUUAGCAGACGGCAUAUGUGUGUGUGUCAUCGUCCUCAAGACUCUUCAACUAAGCAAACACCAAAGUCAUUCCGGAGACGCUUGUUUGCCAACUCCGGUCCUUUAUCGGUACAAUAGGAAGCGUCUGUUUUCAAACAAACGGAUCAAUAUUCUCUUUAGCUCCACCUCUAACAAAUUUACAUUCAUAGUACAUGUACGUGGGUUUGGUGUAGAUAUUAUAACGGUGUAGUUAGUUGCCGUAAGCCACGGCCCUAACCAUGACGUUCCGCGCCAUCGUUUGGGGAGUUUUGCUUCUUUGCUGCACAUUGCACGUCGUGAGAGCAGGGACAGAAAUAUUCCGUAAUGCCGGUUUUGAGGCCCCGCUUGGUCCGGACAACUGGUACUGCGCGGGCUGUACGGGGGAACAGUACGGGCACGACAAGGUGGAGGGGACUGUGAGUAUGCGGGCAAGUCAGAGACGGGGUGCCUGGUCUGGCCCUGCCUACGACCUUGCGUACGGAAGUGACGUCAUCUCUGACCGGAUGUACGAUUUCCAGAUCAACGUCCAGCUGAUGUCGGGUGGUGACGUCAAACAUCGGGUAAUUGUGACCAUUAGGACAGAGUUUUCCGACGGAGAGACCCUCCACCGGCAGAUCGCGACGCUGAGUGCCGUGAGUCAGACGGACGGCUGGCAGCGGAUAGCCGAUACUUGGACCGUACCCGUUUACGACAAACCAGUGACGUCCAUGCGGCUGUAUGUGGAGGGACCUCCGCAUGAGAUCGACCUACUCGUGGACAGGUCUUCUCUGACUGAGGCCGGCGUGGCCAUUGUCGAUACUUUAGCGGGUGGCGCAGAACUUUUGUCUAACCCAGGAUUCGAGUCCUCACUGGAUUCCUGGCUAUGCCGUAGUUGUUCCGGGGUGCAGUACACCACGGACUGCCACGGUGGCGCUUCAUGCAUGAUGGUUCAGGAAAGGGGUGCAUCAUGGGCCGGUCCCUCCCAGAACCUGGCCUGGGGGUCAACGGUCAAGGGCGGACAUAACUACCGGUUCAGCAUAUGGGUCAAGUUCAUGGACGGCGGGGACACGUCGUACCAGAUCAGCGCCAAACUGCAUCUGACGUUCUCUGGCUGGACGUCUGACGUUUACUCCAUGGUAGCUAAAAACUGGAUCUCUGCUGGAGACGGCUGGAAACUGCUGGCUGGAGACUACACAAUACCGGACUACGGCGACACUGUGAGCAGCAUUCGGGUUUACUUAACUGAUCUUCCUGCUGAGAUCCGCUUCCUUGUGGACGACGCUUCCUUGAAGGAGUUCGUGUCUCCCACCACCGACUGGAAGUCUGAGGCAGACGCGCGGAUAGAACAGAUCCGCAAGAGAGACGUCAAGCUCAGGAUCAACACGCCGAACGCACAAGGCAUUUCAGUAGAGGUAGCUCAGACCAGGUCCCACUUUGCCUUCGGGUCCGUAGUCAGCGCCCUGUCGAUGCCCUCCAACAGUCUCUAUAAUGAUUUAUUCUUCGACAACUUCGAGUGGGCCGUUUUGGCGAACCACCUCAAGUGGAGGCAGAACGAACGGAAUGAGGGAGUGUUGACGUUUGACCGGGCAGACGCAGCGAUCGCACUGCUCGAAAGUCGAGGGAUCCCGAUACGUGGGCACAAUGUUUUCUGGGGAGCCGGAUUCCAUGUUCCCGCCUGGCUGCCGGCGUACUCCGGGUUGGAGCUGGAGCAGAAGUGCUGGAAAAGGGUUGAUGAUGUGGUGGGCCGAUAUGCUGGGAGGUUGCAGCAUUGGGACGUGAAUAACGAGAUGCUGCACGGAAACUUCUUCGUGGAGAAAACGGGAAACCCUCAGAUCCGGUACGAGAUGUUCCAGAAGGUGAAGGAGAAGGAUCCUGGCGCCAAACUCUUCCUGAACGACUACGGAGUCAUCAACAGCGGGGCGAUGACACAGGCGUACGUGCAACAGGUGCAGGAGUUUCUCGCUAACGGAGCUCCAGUCGACGCCCUUGGAGCUCAGGGUCACCUCAAGAGUCGGCCGGAUCCCGUCGUACUUAAGAGCCGCUUGGACCUUCUGGCCACCGCCGGUCUGCCCAUCUGGGUGACGGAGCUGACCGUAGCCGAACCAGACGAGAUGGAGAGAGCGGCAGGUUACGAGGACGCCUUGCGGGUCGCCUUCAGCCACCCGGCCGUGGAGGGGAUCAUGCUGUGGGCCUACUGGGGAGGAGGACAGAAAGGCGACCCUCAGACUGCUAUUUUCAACAUAGGAACCUAUGAGAUGAACGAGGCGGGCCGCCGCUGGCAGCAGCUGGUUCUCGCCGACUGGCGGACCAACCUGUCCCUACAUCACGGCACCACCACCUCAGCUGGGCAGGAGUUCGACUUCCGCGGUUUCCAUGGCAACUACGAGGUGACAGUGAAGUUCCAUGGCCAGGUGGCGACCACCAAGACCUUCUACCUGUCACCUGGAGACGGGCCGAGGACCGUGGAUAUAGACAUGCCUAAUGACGUCAUAGUCGGCUGAGAGGCUACAGAUUACAGAUGUCUGUGGUUAUAAUUACCACAUUCUGAUAAUGAAAUACAGAAUAAAGGAAAAAGAAACGUGU